AUGUCAAGCGGGGCCUCAACGGUCAGCUUGACCGUAUCGCCAGGUGAUCAUCGUGAUGUACUCGAGGACGUUUGGGUGGCGUCGAGUCAAAAUGCAAUCUCGAGCCUCUUGCAGCCAUCGAUAAUUCAAACUGGUCUCCAACCACAUACCUAUGAGCCUGCUUCGAGAUUCCAUAAGACGCCAACCUCAUCGGAUAUCCAUCCCGUGACUCUGACUAAUAUCCAACGUGUUGAUGCUUCUGAGUUCAAGCCGCACGUGUCACAACUGGGUCCACUGUACGAACAGCUUCGGAAGUUGAAGGAAAGCGAGGAUGAAGCACGGCCAGGACACACACCAGAUCGCUUCGAUAUGGCUGCACUAUCAAUCGUCCCAGACAUCUACUUUGACGACGACUUCCACCUCGAGAAUCCGCGAACUUUUGAUGUUGUUAGCGAGCGGUCGGAGAUUGUACCUCCGGUCUCAACAACUGGGAAGAAGAAUAACGGAGGCGCUACAACGAUGAGUAAGCCGCUAGCUACCAAUGCAAUCCUUCAGGAGAAGUUAUCCUGGUACAUGGACACGGUAGAAGUACACCUUAUCAAUUCGAUAUCCAUGAACUCCGCCGCGUUUUUUUCAACCCUCGGUUCCUUGAACGAGCUGCACUUGGAAGCAGCAGAAUUGGUUGAGAAAGUCGCAGGGCUGCGUAAAGAUCUUGCUUCAUUGGAUAGAGAUAUGGUAAUUACGGGCUUGAAACUAGCGCAGAAACGCCAAGUACAGCAUAAUCUAAAAUGCAUACACGAUGUGGUUCUGCAGGUGAAACACGUCGUGGACGGUGUUGCCCGCUGCAAAUCAUUAGUCGAUUAUGGGGACGUUGAUAAGGCCCUCGAACAGAUUGAUGCUGUUGAGUCAUUAAUGGCCGGCAAGCGCGCUGAGAUAUUUGAAGACGAGAUAGCCCACAUUCAACUUCGAGAUAUUCGUGGCGCUGCGGCAUUACAAGGCUUGAUCAACGAGUUCAGGCUUCUCCGAUCUCGAAUCGGAAAGGUGUUCGAGCACAGGGUUCACGCACUACUCAUUGCAGACCUGCAACGCCAUGUUCAGUCUGUAUCGACAGAGGAAGUUCUGCUCAGGUGGGAAGUUGCAUCGCUUCGGGCCAAAGGAGGCGGCGCCCAGAAACCUUCAGCCCUUCCCAGUUAUAUGAGUCAAACCAGCGAACUCCGCACGGCACUUCUCUCCGAGAUUAACGGACUCCAUCGAUCAGCGUUUAUCUCAAAAGCCAUCGGGGCGUACCGCGAAUUAGUGCUGCGAGAAAUUCGCAACCUCGUGCGGAAACCACUGCCCAGCUCAGCUGACGACGCUAAAUCUGUCACUUCGGUUUCGACCGCCAGUACCAAUUCGCGCACAAAUCAUGAGAAAUCUUUUAUUCUUGCUCGAAACCUUCGGGCUCUUCAUGCAGAGGAUGCUGAAAAGAUGUUCACGACCAUUUUCAUCACCGUGGCGGAGACGCUCCGGCGAUUAAAGACUCAAUCCAGUAUUCUUUUGGACAUCGCCUGCGCAGUUGGAGAUCCCACCACUGAGGAUGCGGCCAAGUCUCCAAAAGUUCUUUCGCCGCUGCGCAGUCCGACUCCUACUGAUAAUUUCUCCAUGUUUGAGAUCCAAGAGGAGAUGCACGCCGCACUUGAUCUUCCCAAUCUUUUAGAUCAAGCAGUAGACGCCAGCCACGAAAAGAUAAACAAAGUCCUGCGAGUUCGAAACGAGCAGACCAUAGGCUUACCGCUGGCUUACUUUAUUCGGUACUAUACCCUGAACCUCUUCUUUACCAACGAAUGCGAGGCAAUCUCGGGACGAGAUGGAUCGUCUCUGAGGACUGUUAUAAAUAGCCAUAUCCAAGACUUCAUCAAGACGUACAGCGACAGCGAAAACCAAGCUCUUGCUCAGGGAAUGAGUGCAGAUACGUGGCAAGAUAAGGACUUCACGGCCCAAGAUAACGAGAUUCUCAAGCAGAUUCUAGAAUGCGGCACCUCCGACCCGCCAGCAUGGACCAAGACAAGUCAGAUUUGGGCGGAGCUACCACAGAAGGGAUCUAAGACUAUACAUGAUGGAGACGAUAGCGCGGUCAAGGGCAAGGUCCGAGGCGCCGUCAUUGACGAUGAGACGUUCCUGCUUCCCCACUCUGCAAUACUUUGCUUGGAAGGAAUAUCACGCUUUCUUCAUUUGACAUGCGGUAUCCCGACCAUAACAACAGUCAUCGCCACAUCACUGGUAUUGUAUUUGCAGCUGUUCGACUCCGAAUGCCGCCAGCUUAUCCUGGGUGCCGGCGCUUUACGCUCAGCCGGCCUCAAGAAUAUCACAACAACGCAUUUGGCUCUCACGUCGCAGGCAUUAUCGUUUAUACUAGCCAUCAUCCCUCACAUCCGCCAAUUUGUUAAGCGCCACGCACCCACAGGCCCCAUCGGCGUCAACAUUCUGGGAGAGUUUGACAAGGUACUUCACUCCUUCCAGGAACACCAGGACGGUAUCUAUCAGAAGCUGGUCGAGAUCAUGUCAUCGCGCGCUUCUCUACUAUCGAAUAAGGCCCGUGAGACUGAUUGGAACAAGGAGAGCCCUGGGGACGUGCGCCAGUACAUGGUAGAUCUGGCCAGAGACACGACUAAACUAUACAAAGCACUCAGCAAGCGCCUUCCUCAGGGGGCUGUCCAGCUGGUCAUGUUGCCGGUGUUUACUAACUACAAGUACUAUUUGGGGACGUCGUUUCAAGAAGCAGAGCUGAAGACAGAGACCGGUCGUGAUUGUAUGCUUUCCGAUGUAACGCAUCUCGUCGACAAGCUCGGCAAGGUUGAAGGACUUGGGAACUUAGGUGCUUAUCUCGUGGAAAUUAUCAAGAGCAAGGAGGUUCAGGACGAUACUGCCCUUGAACCCACUGAGGGAGCAAUAUAG